AUGCCACAUCCCAACAUGUUCGUGUGGAGCACACUUUCUGCGUUGAUCAUAAUAGCGACAGCACUGUCGCGCCAGGGAGCCGUAGCUACUUCAACAGAGUCACCGACGACAACAGAAUCUUCAACCGAGUCAUCCAACGACAACGAAUCUUCAACCGAGUCGCCAACGACAACGGAAUCUUCAACCGAGUCGCCAACGACAACGGAAUCUUCAACCGAGUCGCCAACGACAACGGAAUCUUCAACCGAGUCGCCAACGACAGAAUCUUCAACCGAGUCGCCAACGACAGAAUCUUCAACCGAGUCGCCAACGACAGAAUCUUCAACCGAGUCGCCAACGACAACAGUAAUCUUCAACCGAGUCGCCAACGACAACGGAAUCUUCAACCGAGUCGCCAACGACAACGGAAUCUUCAACCGAGUCGCCAACGACAACGGAAUCUUCAACCGAGUCGCCAACGACAGAAUCUUCAACCGA